AUGGCACGAUUCACAGCAAUGGUGGUGUGUAAUGUGUUGCUUCUUGUUGCCCUCGUCUUAUCAGUUGAAAUGAUGACACCAACAUUGGGUGAUAAACCAUGCACUGAGUUGCUAGCAUUUAAGCCGAAAUGGUGUCAUGGGGAAGAUGUAUCCGAUGACUGUUGGGAUGCUUGUAGGUAUAGACAUGGCUCACUUAUCGCAGCAGAGUGUUUUUAUGAAAUAUUACUUCCUGGAAAUGGUAGCGCUUGUAAAUGUUAUUGGCCAUGUUAG